CUUCUUGCCUCUGUUUGGUCGCUCUGAGCUUGCACUCAUCUCUCAGCCAUGAUUGCCAGGCAGCAGGGUAUCCGGGGUGGGUCCCGGGGAUUUAGCAGUGGCUCGGCUAUCGUCGGUGGGGGCAAGAAGGUUGCCUUCAGCUCGGCCUCCAUGUCUGGGGGUGCAGGUCGCUGCUCCUCAGGGGGCUUCGGCAGCAGAAGCCUCUACAACUUCAGGGGGAACAAGAACAUCUCCUGCAGCGCGGCUGGGUCCCGCCAAGGUGCCGGCUUCGGGAGUGCUGGGGGCUUCGGCGCCGGCAGCUUUGGCGCUGGCUUCGGUGUUGGCAGCUUCGGUGGUGGAUUUGGAGGCUCCUUCAGUGGUCGGGGUGGCCCCGGUUUCCCAGUGUGCCCUGCUGGAGGGAUUCAGGAGGUCACCAUCAACCAGAGCCUGCUGACUCCACUCCAUGUGGAGAUCGACCCUGAGAUCCAGAAAGUCCGGACUGAGGAGCGAGAGCAGAUCAAGGUCCUCAACAACAAGUUCGCCUCCUUCAUCGACAAGGUACGGUUCCUAGAGCAGCAGAAUAAGGUCCUGGAGACCAAAUGGAAGCUCCUCCAGCAGCAGACAACCACCACAUCUAGCAGAAACCUCGAUCCCUUCUUUGAAACCUACAUCAGUGCCCUGAGGAAGCAGCUAGAUGCCCUGGCCAAUGAAAAAGGCCGCUUGCAGUCCGAGCUGAAGAUGAUGCAGGACAGUGUGGAGGACUUCAAGACCAAGUAUGAAGAUGAGAUCAACAAACGCACAGCUGCAGAGAAUGAUUUCGUGGUGCUCAAGAAGGAUGUCGAUGCUGCCUAUAUGACCAAGGUGGAGCUGCAGGCCAGGGUGGACAGCCUUAAUGAUGAGAUCAACUUCCUGAGGGUCCUCUAUGAAGCGGAACUGUCUCAGAUGCAGAGUCAUGUCAGUGACACAUCGGUGAUCCUGUCGAUGGACAACAACCGUGACCUGGACCUGGACAGCAUCAUUGCUGAGGUCCGCGCACAGUAUGAGGAGAUCGCCCAGAGAAGCAAGGCUGAGGUGGAGGCCUGGUACCAGACCAAGGUCCAGCAGCUCCAGACCUCAGUUGACCAACAUGGGGACAAUCUGAAAAGCACGAAGAAUGAGAUCUCGGAGCUCAACAGGAUGAUCCAGAGGCUGCGGGCAGAGAUUGAGAAUGUCAAGAAGCAGUGCCAGACUCUGCAGACGUCUGUGGCUGAUGCAGAGCAGCGUGGGGAGCUGGCCCUCAAAGAUGCCUACAGCAAGCGCACAGAGCUGGAAGUUGCCCUGCAGAAGGCCAAGGAGGAGCUGGCCCGGAUGCUGCGCGAGUACCAGGAGCUUAUGAGUGUGAAGUUGGCCCUGGAUAUUGAGAUUGCCACGUACCGCAAGCUGCUGGAGGGCGAGGAGUGCAGGAUGUCCGGAGAGUGCCAGAGUGCUGUGAGCAUCUCGGUAGUUGGUGGCAGCGUCAGCACUGGAGGCAUCGGCGGAGGAUUUGGCCUGGGCAGUGGUUUUGGCUCUGGCUCUGGAAGUGGCUUUGGGUUCAGCGGCGGUGUCAGUGGCAGUUCUGGCAGCAAGAUCAUCUCCACUACUACCCUGACCAGAAGAUCCCAACUAUAGAGAUGAGGCCUCCUGGCCCCAAGCCCAGCCACGCGCCCAAGUCCAGCACACUCUCAUGUCUUCACUUCUUUACUUCACCUCCGCCCUGCCUUCCUGGUGCUUGCCUUACCAGGGUCACCUCCACUCCUCCCUGGGAUCUCUCUGCUCCAAGGUGCUGUUCAUGCCUGGGACUUUUGGUGGCUUCUUCUCAACUUGGGCCUUAAGCCCCAUCUGGAAUGAAAGCAUUGUCAGCUUUCACCUCCCAUGGACAGAGGAGAAUAUGACCAGGAGCUCCAUCUCUAGGACUGUCAGGGUAUCGUGUCCCCAGCCAAGCCCAGCCCAGUGCCGUCCCCCACCACAUCUUGGACAUCUAUCAACAUCAGAAUCAAACUCAUUCCCCAUCAUCUGGCAGCUCCUGGCUCUGCAGAGCCAGGACAAGAACUGCCCAGUGUCCCCCCAGCUUUUCUCAUUCUUUCUGUGCAGCUUUAGGUGACUCUUUAAUAAAAUGCUUCUGU